UCUCCUCGGCUGUGAGAGCUCCAGUGGGUGCCUGUGAGUGAGUGACACCCUCCAUCGAUCCCUCCAUCCCUCCGCAAUGCUGCUGUUGUGUGUGACCUGGCUUGGCCUCCUGUCCCUGGGUUGGGACCAGGGCUGUUCAGCCGUCAGCACUACCAGAGCCCAGGGAAGCCUCAGGGGACACAUGCAGAGGGACCGCAGGAACAUCAGACCCAACAUCAUCCUCAUCAUGACCGACGAUCAGGACACAGAGCUGGGUUCUCUCCAGGUGAUGAAUAAGACUCGUAAGAUAAUGGAGAAUGGAGGCACCUCAUUCAUCAACGCCUUUGUGACCACGCCCAUGUGCUGUCCGUCUCGCUCGUCCAUGCUGACAGGGAAGUAUGUUCACAAUCACAACACGUACACCAACAACGAGAACUGUUCUUCGCCGUCCUGGCAGGCCCAGCAUGAACCACGCUCCUUCGCUGUCUACCUCAACAACACGGGAUACAGGACAGCGUUCUUUGGGAAGUAUCUGAACGAGUACAACGGUAGCUACGUCCCUCCCGGGUGGCGUGAAUGGGUGGGGCUCAUCAAAAACUCUCGCUUUUAUAAUUACACCGUCUGUCGGAACGGUUACAAGGAGAAACACGGCGUGGAGUACUCCAAGGACUAUUUCACGGACCUGAUCACCAAUGACAGUAUCAACUUCUUCCGUAUGUCCAAGAAGGUGUACCCUCACCGGCCAGUGAUGAUGGUCCUCACCCACGCUGCCCCCCACGGGCCGGAGGACUCAGCCCCACAAUACGCAGAGAUGUUCCCUAAUGCCUCCCAACACAUGUGA